AUGGUUUCAUCACUUGAUUUAAAAGCAUUGAACAUCUUUCUCAAUGGUCCAAUUACCCACGAUAUGAUCCACAAGUUGGUUGUUGCUACGUUACAAGUUAUUCCAUGCAAAGACACCAAAUCACAAACUUAUACCACCACCAACAAUACCGUCAAACAGUUGCCAUCAUUGAUGACGUUUCUCACUAAAUUGAUCAAAUACACCAAUGUCUACACGGGUACAUUGAUGGCCACUUUGAUUUACUUGCAAAAAUUGAAAACAAAAUUGCCCAAAAAUGCACAAGGUUUGCCAUGCACCAGACACAGAAUCUUGUUGAGUUGCUUAAUCUUGUCGAGUAAAUUCCACAAUGAUUCAAGUCCUAAAAACAAACAUUGGGCUAAAUACACCGAUGGGUUAUUCAAUGUCAAAGACAUCAAUCUUAUGGAAAGACAAUUGAUUUACUUGUUGAACUGGGAUUUGAAGGUCACCAAUGAAGAGAUGGUUGAAGUCUUGGGCUCAUUCUUGGAACCAGUCAAGGCACAAAUUAUCAAGCUGGAAAAGAUCAAGUUGUGGAAACAACAACAAGCACAACAACAACAGCUUUAUGCCACUGCAGCUACUACUUCCACCGCUACUGCUGCUGCUUCCUCAAACACGACUCCAGCUUCUGCAUAUCUUACUCCAUCACCAUCAAGAUCAAACUCCGUCAGUCCAUCUUCAAGCUCAAGCUCAAGUUCAACUUCGUUAUACAACCAAUUACACUACAGACAAGAUUCCCAAAGUUCAAUUACAUCCAUCAGCUCAUCAAACUCCAGCAAUUCCCUUUACUCAACAAGAUCAAAUUCAUCAUCGGGAACUUCAACGUGUUCUGUAUCGCCCUUGCCACCAACAUCAUCAUCUUCAACCAGUAACAAUGUUGUUGAGAAAAAGCCACAACAGAAUCAAAAUCAAUACGUUGUUGACCCACUUAUUGAAUUUGCUGCUAUGAAAGAAGAGAUUGAAUUGAACAAUUUGUUGAAGAAAUUUAACAAAUCAACAAUCUAA